GGAUUAGAACAUUUAGUAAGGAAAGCAGUGGGAGUGGAAGUGAUGCUAGUGACUGCAGCGAUACAGAAUGUGAAUCUAGUGAGUCUGAUGAACUAAACGAUGGAUUGAGAAUAGAAAACCGGCAAAGUUCCAUACCAUCUAUAAUUCGUCAUGCAGUCAACGUUCAUGACACAGAACCUGAACUUAGCGAUGUGCAGGUAAAUGAUUGUUUCGAUGAUAGUGACGUUGGCAACAUUGGUUAUGGUGAAAGGCCUGGCCGAAACGUUGGUGACAUUGGUUAUGAUGAAAGACCUGACAGAAACCUUCCUCGCGUAAUGGUACCCUGGCAUGGUAAGUUAUCUUAUUGACUAUUUGAUUUAUUUACAUGUAUCUACCAAUUCGUUUUAGUUGGCAGACUCACUCAGCAACCUAUAUUUCUUCAAGAUGAUCUAAACCUACAACCUGUAUGUGCAAGCAUUGUUGGUAUAUGUCAUCAUAAAAUAUAUAGCCUUACAAAGUCAAAGCCGAACACAUAGUUAAAAUGUAUUGAUCAAGCAGGUUAUUUUUUGCACAGAUGCUGAAGGAAUGCUAGCAGAGCGUUCUACCGACCACAACAGCGAAAUAGAGAGCAACAGCAGUUGUGAUCAGUCUAUUUCUGGAGACGAUGAUGCAACUGGGCAAAUCUCUACGGAUAAUAGCAACGAAGACGGUCGAUCGGAUGGGGAGAACGGAUACGAUAACUGUCUGCCAUUAUUUAAGGAUUCUUCAUUAUCAGUUCCUGAAUUCAAUGCUAUUUUACUGGCCUUGAAACAAAGACAUAACUUUUCAAAUCUGGCUUUGGACAGCAUUUUAAAGAUGUUUCAGAUUUGCCUGCCUGAAGAGAGCAAUUUACCUUAUACGUCGAGCUAUCUCUUUGAACAAAAAAUUGAGAAACAGCUCAUGUAUACUUCCACUAAGUAUCUUACAUGCAUGAGCUGUCAAACACUGUUGACUAGUGAUUUAUUGUGUGAAAAUCAGAUUUGCACCCAUUAUCGAGAAUGUGAAAAAGGAGAGGACUCCAGUGUGUUUUACACCGUCGAUAUCCUUCCUGAGCUGAAGAGGUUGAUACCAGGUAAAUUUACUGUGUUAGUAUUAUGGGUUUUUUUCUGGUAACAUUAAGUUUGGCAUUAUUUAUAUAAUUGUCGAAUCCCCCCCCCCCCCCAAAAAAAAAAAAAAAUAUUAAUCUCUUAUAGAUUUGUGGAUUCAAGUACCGCUUGAACCAUAUUUUUCAAAUUUGAAAUACCAAUAACCAAUUCAGAGAAUUUGCGAAAUUAUAUAUGUGAUAACAUUUUCUUUUUGUAGAGAGUUGGGAAUCAAUAAAAAAGUUCACCGAGAACUUUGACCAUACGCCGGGUGUCUACAAAGACAUUAUUGAUGGAAGUAUAUAUCAAAAGCAAUAUAGGGAAGUUUGGAAAACCGGCAGCUUUCCAAUCACCAUUUACUGGCAUCUAGGUGGAGCCCCUGCAUUUCGAUCAAACAGCAUUUCGAUCAAACAGCAUCUCUCUUUGGCCAAUUCAGAGUUUUAUCGUUGA